CAGCCCGCACUCACCCCGGGUUGUGCCCGUGGCGAUUUGCCCCGAAAAGCUAGAAGGUCCCUCGGCAACGCCGCUGCCAAUCAGCCUUUGGCAUCUAAAGUUUCAUCUGCGUUCGCGAAACGGCUGUUGAGAGCCAGGGAGGUGCGCGGCUGCUGCCCUCCCGUUAUCCCGGGGCCGGGCUGAGCGCAGCGCCUGGAGGUACGGCGGUGUCAGGGCGGUGUGACAUGCCCGGCGGCUGCACCCACACGAGAGGCGCAGUACCGACCCGGGAGCGCCUCGGCUGAUCUAAACUGCGGCGUGAAAUCGUGCUAGAACAGUAAGGAACCCGGAUUUUUGUGCCCUGAGGGUUUGUUUAAGUGUGUGGGACAGCAGAAAGGAAUUGCGAAGACCAGAAAGUGCGUCCGGGAUAAACUGAUCAGCUGUGUAGGGGCGCGUACAAAAUCACUGAGCUAUAAAUUGAACGGAAGAUAAUUUCUGCUUGUAGUGAAAAGGAAAGGUGAACAACCUCCAUGGAAGACUCUCAGGAUCUAAGUGAACAGUCAGUAAAGAAAACGUGUACAGAAUCAGAUGUGUCAGAGCCUCCAAACGCCAGGUCUAUGGAAAUGCAAGAUCUAGCAAGUCCUCAUAAUCUUGUUGGAAGCAGUGAUGCACCGGGUAGUUCUAAACUGGAUAAACCUAAUCUCAGUAGUACAUCAGUUACAACAAAUGGAACAGGAGGAGACAACAUGACUGUUUUAAAUACUGCAGACUGGUUGCUGAGUUGCAGUACUCCCUCCUCUGCAACAAUGUCUCUUCUUGCAGUCAAAACAGAGCCCAUGAACAGCAAUGAAACAACAACAACAACUGGAGAUGGAUCGCUUGACACUUUUACUGGGUCAGUAAUAACAAGUAGUGGCUAUAGCCCAAGAUCAGCGCACCAGUACUCUCCGCAGAUAUAUCCUUCCAAGCCCUAUCCACACAUUCUUUCUACACCAGCAGCUCAAACAAUGUCUGCCUAUGCCGGACAAACCCAGUAUUCAGGAAUGCAGCAACCAGCAGUCUAUACAGCCUACUCACAGACAGGACAGCCAUACAGCCUACCUACUUACGAUUUGGGUGUAAUGUUGCCAGGCAUCAAGACGGAAAGUGGGCUCUCGCAGACACAGUCACCACUGCAGAGUGGGUGCCUCAGUUACAGUCCAGGGUUUUCCACCCCACAGCCAGGCCAAACACCAUAUUCUUAUCAGAUGCCAGGUUCUAGUUUUACACCAUCAUCCACUAUUUAUGCAAACAAUUCUGUUUCAAAUUCCACGAACUUCAGUAGUUCACAACAGGAUUAUCCAUCAUACACAGCUUUUGGCCAAAACCAGUAUGCACAGUAUUACUCAGCAUCAACAUAUGGUGCAUAUAUGACCUCAAACAACACGGCCGAUGGCACUUCAUCAUCAUCAUCAACCUACCAGUUACAGGAAUCUCUCCCUGGCCUGACUAGUCAACCAGGUACAGAUCUGCAUUCAGGGGAGUUUGACACAGUGCAGAGCCCCUCCACGCCAAUCAAAGAUCUUGAUGAGAGAACAUGUAGGAGUUCUGGGUCAAAGUCUCGGGGUAGAGGGCGGAAGAAUAAUCCAUCACCCCCUCCGGACAGUGACUUGGAGCGUGUAUUUGUAUGGGAUUUGGAUGAAACAAUCAUAGUUUUUCAUUCGCUGCUUACAGGAUCCUAUGCACAAAAGUAUGGCAAGGAUCCACCAAUGGCGGUGACCCUUGGACUGCGAAUGGAAGAAAUGAUUUUUAAUCUUGCUGAUACACAUUUAUUUUUUAAUGAUUUAGAGGAAUGUGAUCAAGUUCACAUAGAUGAUGUUUCUUCUGAUGAUAAUGGACAAGACCUAAGUACCUACAGUUUUGCAACUGAUGGCUUCCAUGCAGCUGCAAGUAGUGCAAACCUUUGUCUGCCAACAGGUGUAAGAGGAGGGGUUGACUGGAUGAGGAAGCUGGCUUUCCGUUACAGAAGAGUAAAAGAGUUGUAUAAUACUUACAAGAACAACAUAGGAGGACUCCUAGGUCCUGCAAAAAGAGAUGCAUGGUUGCAAUUAAGAGCAGAGAUUGAAGCUCUGACAGACUCCUGGCUAACAAAUGCACUUAAAUCCUUAUCAAUUAUCAGCACAAGGAGUAACUGUGUAAAUGUGUUGGUAACAACAACCCAGCUUAUCCCAGCACUUGCAAAAGUCUUGCUAUACAGUUUAGGAGGAGCUUUUCCCAUUGAAAAUAUUUACAGUGCAACUAAAAUAGGAAAAGAAAGUUGCUUUGAACGAAUAAUGCAAAGGUUUGGCAGAAAAGUAGUAUAUGUUGUAAUUGGGGAUGGUGUAGAAGAAGAACAGGCAGCAAAAAAGCACAACAUGCCUUUCUGGAGGAUAUCCAGUCAUUCGGACCUCUUGGCUCUCCAUCAAGCACUGGAACUAGAGUAUUUGUAACUGUGUUCUAAAGUUGGCGAUCCUUUUUUAUAUAUAUAUAUUUCAAGUACACUGAAUUUUUAUGUGUGAUUCAAUGCCUCUGGCUUUACACAUAUGAAUUGUCUUAAGAAGGGAAGAAAUAUUUGGAAUUAAAAAUUCCAAAUUGAAGAAUUCAGAUUGCUGAAUGGAGUUAAAACAUUAGCGCUACAUAAGGAAGCUCUAUGGUCUUAUAUAUGCAACGUUUUUAAAUGGAUUAAAACUGUGGAGGUUGCUGGUACACACCGAAUGAGCCCUGACAGGAGUGAACAAAGGACUCGAACUGGCAAAGCACCAACAUGCGUUUUCCAACCGACAAGGUGUUGUUCAACAACAUUCCUCAAAAUGGGAUAUAUUCUCAGCACUGAGGUUUGAACCAGACUUUAGCCUACCUAACCCAGAAAAUCUGAAUUGGAAUGCACUCAGACUGUAUAAUGACAAUCCUGUCUAGACCUGUAAUUUGUGUAAAUUAUUGAUGAAAAUAACUUACUGUGACUUUAUUAGCAGCUGAUUUUGGAAGUGGAUGCAAUUUUUCUUUCUUUUUGGGGGUCGGGGAGGGAGAGGGUUAUAUAAUAUUGUCUCUUUUAUAAGUUUGGCAAACAGAAUGUGCAUAAUGAUGUGUUGUGCCUUAAGGAGAAGACUGUGUUUGUGUGUUAUAAUGUAACUUUGGUUAAAAACUAUGUAGAUAAACAAACAAAAAAAAAGCCUUUGUGAUAAUUUUUGACAUGACCAAAUUUGAAAUUCAGAGAAAUCAAAGAGAGUGACUGCACCAAAGCAUUUAAGUUUUUGUUGCAGUAAGAAAAAAGAAUAAUAAAGGAAAGUUUGUGUUUUUAUUUGGAUUCUCAAUAAUUCCACUGACUGAGGAAAGUUGAGAGUAUGUUGGGAGAUUGAUAGUGGGGACCGCUACCAUGAAAGCUAAAAAAGAAGAGUUUAACACCUUCAACAUCAUUUCUUGAUUCUCUGAUGAGAUAACUAGGAGCCAUUUUCGUGAAUUACUUAGUCCACUGAAAGCCAUGCAAUGAGUGUAUUUGCUGUAUUUGAAGGAACAAACUCGCAGCCAACUGAUGAAGUAUCUGGAGUGCACUAAUGGCAUUACUGGAAGGUGAAAAUAUUAAAUUAAGCACAGAUGGAGGAUAAAACACAGGUUCUUUAGAAAGAAAAGAAUUCUAAAGAAUGUCUUACUGGUCAAAUGCACAAAUUAUGCUAUAUUCAGCAUAUUUAGGCAGCUGGAAUUGCUGGCAAGAUGGCAUUGGCCCACUCAGGAGUACAGUCCAUUUUGGUCAAUAUUUUGGCAUAUUUUAGUAGCUUUUCCAUUUAGUUCCACAUACAGAUGUCUUCUGUUUUGGGUCAACAUGUCUUUCUUCACCUAAUUUUGAUUACGAAAGAUUAAUAUACAGGAGCAACCCUUAAGGGUCUUUGCAUUCAGAUAUUUCAACAGCAUGCCAGGCAUCUGAAGAGAAGAUAAGGAGGAGAUUUUGAUGAAGAAAUACUGAGAAAUAUGUUAACUUUAGUCAUAUGUAUUAAUAAUUUUGGUCCACAUGGUGAUAAUUACCUUGCAAGUACUGAACAAGCUGUCUUUCAGCUCUGGAAAAUGAGCAAGGUCUGUUUUCAACAGAAGAGCCCCAGCACUCCACAUGAACACUCUACAGCAACUGCAGUGGUUCAUCUUUCAUUGCAGAAGAUGGAAACUGCUUUUUUGAUUUUUAUUACUCUAUGUGGAGAUGCCUGAGGUUGCCUGUGCUCUGACUCUGUGAAGAAGUGUGAACAAGAGAUGUUAAAUGUAAACUCCAAUGAUGCUUACAAAAGUACAGCUAUCAGCACUGAGCUGAAUUUCUUCCAUCCCUGUUUUGAAGCCAGUGUAUGCCUAGUUACCAGGUAGUAAGCAGAUUUCAUCUUUGUUGAUGUAUUACAUGAAAGUUAUUUGGUAGGUAAAGCUUGGAGCUACUAAAAAAUCAAGACAAAACUUUUUUGUAACUUCAUGAAAAUGGAAUUUGUUUGCUGCUUUGGAAUUGGAUAUACAAGUCAUCAUAAAAGAAAAAUAAUUUUUUGUUAUCAUUGGAAAGUGUGAAGCCAUGAGAAUAACCACACAUGAAAUCACUAUACACCAGUUACGUGGGUGAUAGAUAUGUGUAUUCAACAAAUAAAAAUGAUACAUACCUUAUUUAUAUUUACAGAACUUGCCUAGUCACAUUUGCUUAGAAGUACAUUUUCAUAAGACCUGUGGUGCCAGUUUUUCAUAGUCUUCAAGUGGGAAAAAAAUGUUUCUACUGGAACAGGAAAAAAGGUUGAACAAAGCCCUUCUCAAGUUCCAGCACCAUAACAUUGCAUGAGAAUGUCAGUAUAAAAGUUUUUAUUAAAAAAAAAAAAAAAAUUGGUAUGAUGAAAUAGCUUUUUUCAAUUCUUUUUUUUCUUUCUUUCUCUCUCGUUUUUUUUUUUUUUUUUUUAACAAGUGAUAGCAUUAUCUAAAUGCAUGAAGCUAUUUUAUUUCUCUUUUUUUCUUUAGUUUUUCAGUGUUCUUUACCAAAUCAGAUGUUAGAACAAACAAUAGCCCAGCAACAACCAUCAGUUCUUAAAAAAGUUUGCAGGGGAGUUGUUCUUACCUCUCUGGCAAAACUGACUCAAUUACUAUACUGGACAUUCAGAGAGGAGGUGAAGGCAAAAUGAGGGAAGUUUUGCAGAACACAGUAAAGUUCUGAUUUUAACUUGAAUUCUGUGUCCCUAGUCAGUGAAAGUUAAUUAUAAAAAUAAUCCACAAAAAAUGCACCAGAAAAAAAAAACAAAAAACAAAAAAAACAACAAAAAAAACCCACAAAGAUUUAUCUCAAAAAACUUUCACAAUCCUAAAACUCUAAAGUAAAAUUGCAGAGCACAAAUACUGUCUUGAUAAGCAAAAGAAAUUGUUAUAUAUCCUUGAACAGGAUUGUGUUGCGCAUGCCUGUUUCGUAGAAACAAAGGACAUGGAUGAAUUUUCCUGCAUGAACAACAGAGAGGAGAAAAUGACCAAGGCAGAGAUGUAGUCAAGACAGACUGUUCCAGAUGGGAUUAAGCUGACGGCUGGUCAUUUUGACAUUGAGUGCAUUUUAAUUCAACAACGUAUUAAUCAGAAACUGCCUUCCCUUCAGCCUCACCUGAAUAAUCAAGAUUGAGCACAGUUCAUGUUUGCAAGUAUUCUGUGCAAAUGACGUGUAGAAUACAACGCAUUUUGCUGAUACUCUAAGCGUUUUCAGUCAGUUCAGAACUUGAAAGUUCAUUAGGCAUUUGAAUACUCAGCUUGCAGAAUACAAACAUAGUGUGAUUGCAGUCACAAAUUAGUAACUUAAAUAGAUAUAACUCCAUGCAGUUCAGCCUAUCAGUGAAAAAGGAAGCAAAAGCUAAAAAUGAUAAUUGUUUUUUAGAUGCCUAUGGAGAUAGCACACAAAGGCAUAGGUGGCAGCUAGCUCCCAAUUAAUGAUUUCAUUAAAAGCCAGCGUGAGCAGAAGUGUUUGCAUCCACAGUAGAUGCAGAGUAUGUUCCAGUGUAAGCACUGACAAGAGAGAUGAAGCCAAAUCAAAAUCCUGUAUACAGGCACACUUCAUCUCAGAGCAGAUGAAAUCCUGCAGCCAACUGAACUGCAGAGUUUGUGGUGAAUGUGGACUUGGCCCACAAUAGGAAACCUGAAUUUUAGCUGUGAGUUUGUGUCCAGAUCCGGGAUUUUGGUUCAAAAGUCAUCUCUACUUUACAGGAGUGAUACCAAGCAUGUGCUUGAAAUGAAUAUGGUAUUUAGUAUCUUUGAAGAGGAGCUGAAGUGACAUGAGCCAAAUCCCAGCAAUAGCAGCAUUUUUGAGAUAAAAUUGAAGCCAAGGUUGUCUGUUCUGUAUUAGCAGAUUAUAGUUUAUUGGGGCCUACAUAAUUUAAGAAAAUGUAAAUUAAAAUUAAAAGCUUGUAAAAUUAUGUACAUCUUUACUAUUUCUCAAUAAAUACACUUGGAAAUGUCAUUUUCUGCACUAUAA